UGGAGUAGUGAGAGGUUGGCGACUGGCGGGGAGAAAAAUCUGCCAAAGAUCAAGAGGAUAAAGGAAACAUUCAGGAGAACCACCAGAAGUUUGUUUCUCCCACAGGACUUCACGGUGCAGGUGAGAUCUUCUGGCAUCGUCUGAAGGGUUCGUACGGAGCUGCUCAGUGGAAACCAACUAGGAGUCUCCCAACAAGAGACAAGGACAAUCAUGAUGUCACCAGACGACCGAGCCCUGGAGGACCUGUUGUAUUGCGGUGACCUUGGUGACGAGGCGGAGCUGGGUGGAGGCCCGGCAGGGACGGUGGAGAGUGCUGCUGCAGACAAUACUGCGACAGCUGUGUCCAUCCAGGGGCCAAUAACGUGUGCCGGCUGCGGGAAGCAGGUGUGCGACCGUUUCUUCCUCUUGGCUGCAGGCAGUGUGUGGCACAGUGUCUGCCUCCGCUGCAGCCAGUGUCAGUGCGAGCUGCAGACGCACCCCUCACUCUACUGGAGAGAUGGAAACAUCUACUGCCAACAAGACUACUGCAGGAUGUUUGGAGGUGGUCAGUGUGCUCGCUGCUUUCAGCCAAUCCCAGCCUCCGCUUUAGUCAUGAGAUCUGGUGAUCUGACUUUCCAUCCUCACUGCUUCUCCUGCCAGGAGUGUGAUGUGACAUUAAUACCGGGGAACCUGUACUGCAUGCAGGGCCAGAACCUCUACUGUCAGUCGCAUUACCAUGACGACAGCGGGAGUGUCUCGCUAUCACGUGAUCUCCAGCCCAAAUUGAAUCUAAAAGAAGCUCAAAGUCAGGUCUCAGGUGAAGGGGAGGAGUCUGUUAGCAGUCCUGAGCCACGAUUGGAUGACAAGGUGGCAGGUGGGCGGGCCCGCAGGCGGACCAAGCGAAUUAGAACAAGUUUUCGCAGCGAGCAGCUCAGAGCACUGGAGUCAUAUUUCGCCCAGAAACACAACCCUGAUGGGAAAGACUGGACCUGCCUCGCACACAAGACUGGCCUGCCAAAGAGAGUCUUGCAGGUGUGGUUUCAAAACGCUCGGGCCAAACUGAGACGCUCCCUUACCGCAGAUGACUCUCAGGUCAACUCACCCUCAGCUCCCCUGAGAGGCGUAACCAUGGCGAUGGGCUCACCGCCCCCAGCCUGCUCCCCACCUGACCAGUCCCAGCUCUUCUCUUCCACCAGCACCAUCGACCAGCAGCAGCUCUCUCUGCUCACUGCCCCGCUCAGCGAGCCUUUGGUGAGCCCUGCCAUUAGCCAGUCGCAACAGCUGCAAAACCCCGACUUCUUCCUGGAAUACGAUUCCCAGAGUGCAUCAGGGAAUGUCUCCUCCCUUGAGACGUAUGAGGACUUUGGAGAAGCAGGAGGAGGAGCAGAGGGAGAAGUUGAUCCUGAUAGUUCUUUUAGACCACAUUACUGCUAGUCCAGGUAGUACCUAAUUGAGCGACCUCCACACUGUGAGUAACAACAAGAUUUUCAUAAUAGGACAUAAGUAGGUUAUAAUCCUUAAGAUUUUAGUUAAAUGCUUUUAAAUGUGAAGCAACACUAAACAGGAAACAGCAACAGGAUAUGUCUGUAGGAGAGUAAACAUCGAGGCUGAUACCCAUCAGACCAAAUACAAAUUGCCUGUGACCCCUCGGAGGCGAGAUUAGUUUGGUUUACAUCACAGGGGUCUGAGUUCACUUUAGCCCUUUCUACCAAACACUUUCGGUAUGGUGUCUUUGGAACCAAAAGUAACCCCUCAGACAUGGUACCUAGACCCUAGUGUUUCCACCGCAAACAGUGGGCUGGGUUGUUGUCACUCACUGCUCCAUCCAGCACUCACUGUAUUUCCUCAUCACCAGUGACACAGAUGGAAGUCUGCACCUUAUUGUCCACAGAACAUUUUCAGAACAAAAACAGAACAGGCUGCAGUGAGAGUCUCUCUCCAUGGGAUAUUUGAAAAUAGCAGCUUUUGGCAUUUAGUCCUUCUCAGGCAAGCUUAGGGGUUUAGUGUUGCCAGAGCCCACAGGAAUGAUGCUUUGCAACACUUUGCAAUGCGUUUUUCUCCUAGUGAGGAUUAGAAUAUAUGCAGUUCAUAUAGACUGGUUGAAAUUAAUAUAUAUACAUUUUUAAACACUUAAACACUUAAUUACUAAAAGCAUUUGUCAUCCAGGAGACAGCAUAAAAACUAAUGGAAUGGUCAAAGUUGUCAUAUUGAAAUUCAAGGUGUGCUGAUUGAUUCACAUUGUCCACUCAUGCAUUGAGUAGCAUUAUAAGUAGACGUUCCACCUUAAAUGAAUUAGGUUGUUUUUUUCUCAGACUAAGUGUAAAGUGAUAGGGAGGGAAGUAAUAGAAAUAAAAACGUAAUACCUUAAGUCAAAUAAUGAGGGGUCAUCAUCACCGACUUCACACUGAUGAAGAAAAACUCAGGAAAAGCUUGUCUGAUGACAUUUGUUGUUUUUGAAUUAUUUAUUUUUCAUCUAUUGAAUUUUUGGCAAAGUGUUUCCAGAAGUUAAAAAUGAACUCAGCAUGUCUUAUAUUUAGACAACUUGGUUUUCCCCCCAUGAACAACACUUUGUUCAUCUGUUUAAAUCAGAUGUGCCUGAUGUUAAGAUUCUUCUCUGCUUCCUUUAUAAUAAAACACUCUCUGUGUUCGGUGAAUAAACCAUUAACUUGCCCACACUUCUUCCUCCAAGUUCCCUCUUUGUGCACCACAAACAGUGGCUCAUCCACUACAUGCAGAGUUUGAAUGAUUAGCUGAUUACUCAUUAAAUGUCUAGUGUAGACGAUUUAGUGCGAUCUAGUAGUGAGGUUGAAAAACUAAAACUUCUCCUGUGUGUCGAGUGUGUAGGGGAACUACAGUGGUCAACCUGAAAACGUCCACGUCCUUUCCUGGUGCUUUCAUUGUCUUUUUUCAAAAUACCCUUCCAUUUUCACAGAAAAUGUACAGUUUGCAUACAGUCUCUUUUAAAAUAAAUGCACUAUGUUGGUCCAACGCCAGAAACGUAUUUUUCAUUCAACAACAAACGCAUGGUUUGUCAACAACAAACGCAUGGUUUGUUACGCACCAUUCGGUGGUUGUCGGUGGUUGUUGGACACAUCCACCACCCGUCUCGCCCACC